CUUUUCAUCAAAUUUUUCACUUUUAAUUCAACCUGAAUAACUGAAUGCUUAAAUUUGGUAGCAUCCCAUUUCUUUCCUUUUAAGCGUUAGUUAGAAAUUAGUUCAGACACCAGCACAGCUGCACAGCAUGGUGUAAUAAAUUGAUUAAUAAUGAAAAAGAAAAAAAACACAAUCCCAUAAAGUACAAAGAAAAGGAUAAGAGUUAAAAAUGACUUCAUAAAAAAACAAGUAUAUAUAAAUAAUGAGGAAGUGGGAUUGAUAGUGGAUUCCAAAUUGGAAACCUAUUACCAUCUAAUCUACUUUGCCUCAAUCUUCUACAUUACAGUACACAAAACCAGGGUUGUUGUCAAAUCAGGUGGAGAAGGAGAGGAGCCAUUACCUAUUACAAACUCCUUUAUUUUUAUAUGUAAUCGGUUUAUUCUGUGGGUGUAUUGGGUUAUGAAUUUUAUUAUGGAAUUUGGGAAUUCUUGUUUCUCCCUUGAUAGCUCUUCUUAUUCUUGCUGUUACAAUUUUCAUUUUUGUUCAAGAUCAAGAUCAUCAUCGUUUAUCUUGUGUUGUGGAACUACCUUCUCAAAGCCCAAUAUUAUUCUGGAAAAUUUCAUGUUCAAACCAUCCUCUUAUUGCAAUAUCAUGAACGUUGCGUCUUCUUUUGCUUUCUUUAUUGCAGAAGACGCCUGAUCAUUCAUCAAUAUCUUUUUUUUUUUUCUUUUUGUAAAUCAAUUCUCAUUUUCUUUUCUUUUUCUUAUGUGUACAUUAUUUCCCCUCGCCAAGAUUAACAUUAGUAUUAGUUUCCCGGCAGCCACGUCAGCGACUAUGGCAAUCUACUGCGGUUUCUAUGAUCAUCAGUUCAUCUCCAACAGGUAUGAUCAUGAUCAACGUCCUUGUUGUUGGAAUAACAAGAACAACAAAUCGAAACCAACGGUGAUGAUGAUGAGGAGGAGGAGGUCGAGGAGUAGGAGUAGGGCACAUUUCCCUCCGUUUUCGACUACUUCAGCUUCACCGGCUUCUGCUUACCCUCUCUUUAGCAAUCAGCUAACCAAUGACUCGUCCCCUCACCAUAUUUACCAGGAGGCUCUUAAGACUGCAAGACAAAAGUUCACUCAAGAAAUCUCCUUUCAAUCUAAGGACAAAGACAUCUCUCUCGCAAAGGCUUUGCUCUACAUUGCUGCUGAAGAUGAGGCCUUUAUAGCUUACAAUCAAGAAAUGGAUGCUCGUUCAAUGAUGAAUGAGAGGAAAAAUGUGUCGGUCCCAGCUGAUUCCAAGGACUGGAAACACGUGGACCAGAUGCCUUUGGCUGGAAAGAGUAUAUCUGAGUGGAUAAGUGUGUUGGAUACUAUUGCCAAGGAAGUCGAAGCAGAACUAGUUUAUAGAGACAUUGGUUGCCAUUUGGUUGCUGUUCUGGAAGCAGUGAAUGUAGUUCUUUUUGAGUUUAGAGGCUUCAAAAGGUCACCUAUUCUUGUUGAUUCAAAGUACUCGUACCUACACUCUGUACUAAGCUCUGGACGUGGCAGUGCAAUUUUGCUUAGCAUAAUCUACAUUGAAGUUUGUCGACGACUUGGCCUGACUAUUGUGGGAUCUCGAGUUGGGGAAGAUUUUUUGAUAUGGCCUCAAACAGGGUACCCAGAGGAGCUGUUCAAAGUAAUUUCAGGACACAGCUUGUUUGCAAUUGUCAAUGGAAAAUGCGUGGAGGACCCUAGAUCAAUGGCAUCAGAUUUAACUGGUAAUUCACUUUUAGGGCUUGAAAUAGCUACGAAGCGAGACAUUAUUGGAAUUGCUCUUGCCAAUAUGAUUAGGCUUCAUUGGAAACGUUCUUCUAGAUCGAGCCAUGGCUUGAUGCUGACUUCUCCACUUAGGCAUGUUCAUGAUGCUAAUGACAAACUUAACAAGAUCAAUAACUCAAAUUUUCCUCUGCUGCGGCCUCAGGAUCUCAGGCUUGCUAUCAUGGCUUCAGAAAGAUUGUUGAUUCUGCAGCCACAUAAUUGGGCUUUGAGGAGAGACCAUGGCAUGAUGUUGUAUUAUAAUAGGGAGUAUGGAGAGGCAGUGCAAGAGCUUAGCAUUUGCAUGGCAUUUGCCCCAGAAGAAGAAGCAGAAGUUCUAGAACCAUUUGUUGAGAAAUUGCAUUUGUUGCGCCUUGAAUCAUCAUGGAAGUCUUUGGCAAGCCAGUUGACAGUUCCAUGACUUCAUUUGUAGAUAAUUCGUUUUCUCUCUCUCUCUCUCUGUAGAAUGGAUAAAACUCAUGUUGUUUUGACUUCUAACCGACUUUCGAUUAUGCUCUUCACAUCAACCUCUUUGAGUUGCUGUUUUCUUAAGCAGAAGCUCGGGUUUUAUAAUGAGAAAGACAUUUCCACCUUUUAGCUA